UCUCUGUUUCUUGUUCGAUUAUAUAUCAUCGACCUUCCAGAAUCCAAACCAUUAAAAAGGUGAUUACAAUUCUUACACGUAAAGGAUAAGAAGAAUUAAAGACGUACGAAACUCAGUAUGAAGAAGGAGGAGAUAGCCUUACGCAGUGAUGAGUUAAGCCGUCAAGGUCCCCCUAAAAUUCCAUCUUUUGACUGGAACAAUUUGUACCACCGAACCUCAUUGAUGUCGUGUUUGGUGCAAGGAGUUUACGCAAUGGAACGAGACAGCCAAAACAACCGGCGUGGUUCCGAGUCAUUAGCCCCACCUUGGUGGGAAAGUUUCAACUUCACUUUAAUCAAAGAACUUAGGGACCCAAUUGACGGCUCCAUAUACGGUGCUGUCUUCCAAAACCUGAUCAAUUAUGAGAAUCAUGCCCCCAACUCGAUAGUACCUCCACGUUACGUGAUUGCGUUACGUGGAACUGUCAUAAGUUUUCCUACUUAUAAUGAUUUGAUGCUUAACGUCCGUUUACCAAUCGAGAUGCUCCGUCGUGGGGGAAGGUCUCAGCAGGCCAUUGAAGAAAUACGCUCUAUUGUUGUCGAUCAUGGAAAUACAAAUGUCUGGAUCACUGGACACUCUCUUGGAGCUGCCCUGGCACUACUCGCGGGAAAGAAUAUGGCCAUGUCUGGACUUUUUGUGGAGGCUUACAUCUUCAACCCACCUAUCGCCUUGAUUCCUCUAAAGCAUUACAGUCAGUAUGAGACACUUAAUAGUUUGUAUCGAGUCAGCAGGGAUAUCUUUAAAGCUGGCGCGGCCAAAAUGCUAGACCUUGAUGAGGGUCAUGAAAGUCCACAAUAUAAGAAUUUAGCUUCUUGGAGACCUCAUUUGUUCGUGAACCAAUCAGAUCCAGUAUGCGCAGAAUAUAUAGCUAAUAUCAAUCACAUAGUCAAUAUGACUGAGGCAGGAUUCGGUAAGAUCUCGAGUUUGGCUUCUGGAUACUCAGUGAGGAGUAUGUUGUUCGGAAAAGGAAAAGAUUGGUGGUCGUCUUCUUCACCAGAUCAUCUUCAUUUUCUCCCGUCGGUCUUUAUGAUGGUAAACUCGACUGAAUCGUCGAUAUUUUAUCAUAAUCAUGGGAUUCACCAAUGGUGGAAUGCUACGCUUCAAAAUUUUACAGGGUUUGAUUCAUACUAAUUUCA